AGAGAAGAUUGCCCACAUUUCGGGAAGUUUGAGCACCUUAUCACCGCCGUUGGCCUGGCCAAAGGUCUUGACCGGGGAUCGUCAUAUCACUCCAAAUAAAAACAACCCAUAUACAUACAUAAUCAGCUCUCAAAUCGGAGUAGUAGCCGCCAGUUGUGGCUUUAUUCCUCACGCAGAUUAUAUUAUCUAGUAGCAUAUUUAAUAGCCAUUUUACUCUGAAGAACACACACCUCAUAUAUGUACGUAUUUAAAUUGGCUGGCAGAACAGUUGCAAAUGCUGGAGUGUUGGGGCCGUAAACUAGAACCCGCCCAGUUGUGGCUGUAAUCCUCAAACAGGGUGUCUUCUGAGGACUUUGUUCCUUGGCCUGGUCAAUCCACUGCACUACUGGCUAAUCUCGAAUGUAUCUUAUCGAUUGACAGUAAUAAAAGUCCAUAGAUACCCGCGAAAACACUGCAAUCCAGACCAACUGCGUCAGCUACUGGUUUCAGUUCUGGCCUGGCCCGCAGUAGCUGCUGUCCACACUCGAUCCCAGCUCCAAAUAUACAUCAAUUUCGUACUAAUUCCCAUGCUCCGAUAGCAGCCACACAAAAAAACCAAAACCCAAAUAAAAACUCAGAUCAGACCACACUCGGUUGUAGGCGUCUAUAGAUAAGAUUAAAGACACCCAAAGAUUAACAUCGGAUUGGAUUAUGGCGGGACAGAGCAAGUUAUUGAACCCACUGUGCAUCAGCUGCAAGGAGUUCCAGCACCCAUGGACCGAUCAUUGUGCGAGUGCCGCCGCCGGGAUACUGCUCUCGGCCACGCCCUACUGUCUACGCGUCUACACAGUGGUCUAUGCCUUUUCUUUGCUAAUGCGCCAUCGUGUGCCCAACCUGUCUGAUCUCAAGCGCACUCUUUUAGGCAUCAUACAGUCCACGGCUUUCCUGGUGACCAAUGCAUAUUCCUUUAUUAUGUACAAUUGUUUGCUCCGGAACAUGCUCGGACGCUAUAACUUCUACACAGUGGCCUUUGUGCCCUGCUUUUUGGCCUCGUUUACGGCCAUUCUAGUGGAGCGUCCAGCCCGCCGUCCGCUGCUGACUCUGUAUGUGGCCAACGUGGCCACGGAGGCGUUAUGGAAGAUGGCGGAAUCGCGUGGCUGGGUGCGCUCUAUUCCAAACGGUCAGACGUUCAUUUUCGGGCUGAGCAUGUCGGCACUGCUGUAUAUAUACCGUCGUGGACCAACCGAAGAUUCGAUCUUUAACAUUCUGCGCCAUUUCGUAGGCAAGGAGGAGGCUGGCCCAAUAGUCAACAAUUGGGAUACAUUGCCCGGCGAGCAGCCAGCUCCCUCGCAAAACCGUCCCAGCGUCAGUUUUUCGACCAUCUCCGAUUGGGUCCACGUUUACAGCAAUUUCCUCAACGCCAAGCACGCCAGCUGCCGCCAUAACCAGAGCUGCAUGGCCUACUCCAUCAGCGGUGGCAUUAAGCCCUUUGUGAUCGGCGUGGCCCUCCAGGUGGCGCUGAAGCUGGUAAUGAAUGUCAGCAAGGUAGCCAGUGGCAAAAUGAAAUGGCGGAAGCACAUCUUUGACCGCAGCAUCCUCCCGUUGGGUAUCUUUAUGGGCAGCUUCUCUUUUCUCUAUAAGUCUGUGUCCUGUAUGCUGCGCCAUAGCUUCAAUAGAGAUGAGGCCGCAUUUGCCAUUCCUGCUGGUCUGGUGGCUUCGGUGGCCUUCACCAAGUAUCCAGACAACACGGUGGCCCUGUAUGUCAUGUGGAAGGCUCUGCAGAUACUCUGUUCGAUUGGCCAGGAGAAGGGUAUUGUACCAGUCAUACCCAAUUUUAUGCUCUACCUUUACUCGUUCUUCACGGCCGUGCUCUUCCACGCGGGCAUCUUAGAGCCAAAGUCUCUGCGCCCCAGCUACUACAAAUUUCUGCAAGCCAUAUCAGGAGAUAGACUGAGCCGCUUUAAUCUAAGCGCCUUCGAUGUGUUCGGUCUCAACACCCAGCAACAGGCGCUAGACACCAUAAAGUCGUUGAACAUUGUCGAGAAAUCAAUACUCCCCGCCUUCUCGUUCUCUUCUUAAGAAGAUAGCCCACAAUCUAUGAUAACCUACAGAUGUACACAUUCAGUCUCAUGUUUCAGCCAGGCGCUGUACGCGCCUCUCCAUAUCCAUAAUAGGAGUAAAAUCUUCAAGCGUGUAUAUAUCUAAGAGUCUCUCUAAUUAUCCAUAUCUGUGUGUUUCUCUGUGCUGGACGUCCAACGUCACAGCUCUUUGCCACUCGGAUCACUAAGCUAAGCGACGUUAUCACUUUUGGGGAGGGGGUGCAUUGUAAAUUAUUUUUGACUGUUUUUUUUUGGUACCAGUUGUCAAUAAAAACUUAUAUAUAAAAAUA